AUUUUAAUCAUUUGUUCGUAAUUUAAGAUUAUUUUGAAUGAUCUUUUGUCAUAACAUAUGCAAAUUUAACAUGAUUUUAGUCUAGAGUAUUAUUAUUACAUAUUUCAUAUUCAUUCCAAAUAUUACAAAUUUAUAUUUUCAAUGGAAAAUCAGGAUAUUCAGCGCACUUUAGUUAAAUCAUCUGAUAUAGAAUCCCGUCUUAUAAUCCUUAAAAGAAGGGCAGCAGAAGCCGACUUCUUAAGAGAAGAAAGGGAUAUGCUAAUUAGCCGACUAAAGUUAUACAAUCCGGACUAUGUCUGGCCAGAUUCUGGAAUAAAUAAAUGUUUAAAUUUACCCAUAGGUAAAGAGUUUGAAGAAAUUCAGAAAAGAAAUGAAACCCUGAAAUCCGAAAAUGAAGAAUUGACAGAGUUGAAGAAGCGGUUGAUGUCAGAAAACGACGAUUUAAAAGGUUUUAUACAAACACUCAAAAAAGAAUUAGAAGAAAUGAAAGAAGCUAUUUCUAAAUUAGAAGCUUUGACCAAGGAAAAUGAGCAACUUAAGAUAAACUUAGAAGAGAUGGACUCUUUGAAGAAUGAGAAGUACAUGUUGUCAGUCGAAAAAGAACAGCUAAAAGAUGAUUUAAAUAAAUUAUUAAAUAUAGAUUCUAAUGAACCCGAGAAAGGCUGUAAAACGUUAUUGAAACAGUUAUACAUAAGGGUAAAUAAAACUACUGAUCAAUAUAACAAUCUUUUGGAUGAGUUGUGGUCCAAAGAAGUACAAAUCGAUGUGUUGACCGGGAAAAUUACUCAACUCAAUGCCAAAUUGAACGAGCCUUAUAUCUCUGCUAAGAUUAAACUUAGCAUGGGGAAAAACUUGAGCGAUGAAGAGGCUUAUAUGUGGGCAGUUUACAAUUUGGAAACGACUAAUAAGAAAAUGAAUUGUGAAUUACAAAAAGUAACUGAACAGUUAAAUCAAGUGACGGAAAAAUAUAUUAAAAUAAAAGAUGAAUUAAGACCGGUGCAAUCUGUUAAUAGAGGAAUGGUUUCAGCCCAUGAACUAGAAGAAGAGUUACGUAAGUUAGAAGAAGAGAAUUAUAACUUGUUCAUGAAGGAUGUGGAUGACGCUUCUAUCAUCUACGAGCAAUCAGACAAAGGAAGCACUGCACCAGUGAGCAGAGAUGCAUCUAGAGAAAGUAUGUUCCAUCCUCUUGCUGUAUCUAUUUCAUUUAAUAAGGUGGAAAUAUUACGUGAAAACGCUUACUACUUGGAGGAAGUUUAUGUAAAACUAAUGAAAAUCAAACUACAAAUGAAGCGUUCGAGAGUAGAAACUCGGCAAAGAUUGCAAUCAAGAGUACAAGAUGUGAACGUAAGAGCAAGUGUUCUUCGCGUUCUUUGAUUUUAUCAAACAAGAACAUAAUUCAAUAUAAAAAAUAAUAAACUUUUAUUUGUAAAAAUAUACAUACAGAAGUAUUUUAACUGUUCUUUUUAAUUUUACUAGUUUAAAAUAUACACAUUAUUUUCGAAACCAAGCUUGAAACGUAUUCAUUUGUUUUAUUUUCCUCUGAAGCUGUAAAACCGUAUAGAGCAAGGCCUCAGCUGUUGGCGGACACCCUGGUACAUAAAAAUCGACUGGAAUAAUUCUGUCACAGCCUCUCACUACUGAAUAGGAGUAGUGAUAAUAACCUCCCCCGUUGGCACAGCUUCCCAUCGAUAUGACCCACUUGGGUUCUGGCAUUUGGUCGUACACUUUUCUUAAACAAGGAGCCAUCUUAUUCGUUACCGUUCCUGCUACAAUGAUUAGAUCUGUUUGUCGAGGCGAAGCUCUGAACACUGUACCGUACCUGUCCAUAUCGUACCUAGGUGCAGCCAUGUGCAUCAUUUCGACAGCACAGCAUGCCAAACCGAAAGUCAAAGGGUAAAUGGAACCUUUACGUCCCCAGUUGAUGUAGUCGUCGGAUCUUGCAAGAGCGAAAUCUACUAUUCGCUCCAUUUUUAAUGGCACAUCGAAAGGAGAAUACCAUCUCCAUUUUCUAGCAACUGCUUUACUAUCCGUUGUCUUUCUUCGUGUUACUAUGAAGGUCGUAAACCCUUGUCUUCCUCUACAGGAAACAUAGUUUAACAUAUGCGCAAUCAUGAUCUCAUCAGUAUCUGAUUAAGUAUCUCAAUUAAUUACACUUAUAUAGUAAACUGUAUGCCACAAAAAUGACUUGUAAAAUCAUGUGAUAUUAU